GUUGCAGGAAAAAUUAGUGAGGGGGAACAAGAAUAGAAGUGCUUCAAAAAGUUGUCCCGAACAUCGUCCGUUAGCACCGAUCCUUCCUCUUGUUUCUUCUUGCCUUCCUUUCAUUUCUAUCGGCUUCCUUGGGCUUUGAGUCAUGAAACUCGUAAGCAUUAGUUCUGCAAAGUUUCUGUCGUGCUACUUGCUUCUUGGUAUUGCUCUCGCACUGUGCUUUAAUCAAGUCUCCUCCACCACCAACGAAACAGACAGACUCGCUCUGCUCGCAUUUAAGGCCGGCAUAACGGAAGAUCCUUUCGGCGUGCUCAACUCAUGGAACAAUACCAUUGGAUUUUGUCAGUGGUAUGGCAUUUCGUGCGGCCAAAGACAUCGGAGGGUCACAGUCCUAGACUUGCAAUCACAAGGACUCUCUGGAUCAAUCUCUCCUCAUAUUGGGAAUCUCAGCUUCCUAAGGCAAAUGUGGCUCCAAAACAACAGUCUCGAUCAUGAAGUCCCUCCGCAAGUGGGCCAGCUGCGACGCCUUCGUGAAUUACGACUAGACAACAAUUCAUUGAUCGGUGAAAUUCCCAAAAACAUAUCAUCUUGCUCUAAUCUUGUCAGCCUCUUCCUUCCAUAUAACCAACUGACCGGAGAAAUUCCUGCGGAAGUCGGUUCAUUAUCCAAGCUACGGGUUUUAAUUUUGUAUCAUAAUCAUCUCACUGGGAGUGUGCCUUCCUCCAUUGGCAACUUAUCGUCACUAGAGGGACUAUAUUUAACCCUGAACAACUUGGGCGGGAGCAUUCCCCAAGUUCUAGGCCACCUGACGAACUUGCAAGUCAUUGCCUUUGGAGGAAACAUAUUGUCAGGUACUAUUCCAUCUUCGCUACUCAAUCUUUCUACGCUACAUGUGUUUGAUGGUGGAAACAACCGGAUACAAGGGACUCUUCCUGCGAGCAUAGGCAUCAAUCUCCCAGAUCUUGAAUUUUUUAGUGUUGCCGCGAACCAACUUGAGGGGCCGAUUCCUCCAUCGAUAUCGAAUUCCACAAAGCUAAAUCAUCUAACGCUUAAUGUUAACAGAUUUUCCGGGAAAGUACCAUCUUUGGAAAAUUUGUAUGAGCUUGGAAUGCUUCAAAUUUCGGCUAAUCAGCUUGGAAAUGGAAAACUUGAAGACUUGAGCUUCCUUUGCUCAUUAACUAAUAGCACCAAAUUGCGGAGUGUGCUUAUUGGCAGGAACAAGUUUCGUGCCGUGUUACCCAAAUGCAUAGGUAAUUUAUCCACUACUCUUACAGUGCUUGAUAUGAGUCAGAACCAGAUAUCUGGUGAAAUUCCAAAAGAAAUUGGGAAUUUGGUCAACCUGAGCGUGUUAUUGAUGUAUCUCAACCAGUUUUCAGGUAUUGUCCCCUCAAAUUUGGGAAAUCUACAAAAUCUGGCAGUACUGAUUUUGGGUGAUAACAACCUGGGAGGGACUAUUCCAUCUUCUUUAGGAAAUCUAACCAAGUUGAUUCAACUACAUCUUGGUGGGAACAACUUUCAUGGGCAAAUUCCGUCGCAUCUAUCAAAUUGCCAGUCUCUUGAUCUGCUUGUUCUAUCUAAUAACAAUCUCGGUGGUGCCAUACCCCCACAGCUUAUAGGUCUCUCAUCAUUAACAAUUCUUCUGAACUUGUCUCAUAACCAUCUAAACGGGGUUCUACCCACAGAAGUUGGCAACUUGAGAGCUUUGACUGCGUUGGACAUCUCAGACAAUUUGUUGGUAGGUGAAAUCCCAAGUAGUUUGGGUGACUGCACUGCAUUGACAUCAUUGAGGAUGGGGGGCAACUUAUUUCACGGGCCCAUUCCUCAAUCAAUCAGAUGGUUAGGAGGCAUUGAAGAACUCGAUCUUUCACGCAAUAAUUUAUCGAGUCAAAUUCCAGCAUUCUUAGAGGUAUUUCAUUCCUUGAAACUUCUAAAUUUAUCGUACAAUAAAUUUGAAGGCAUGUUACCACGUGGAGGAGUCUUUGAGAAUGUUACUGGUACUUCUAUUAUUGGGAAUAAUGAGCUCUGCGGCGGACUGCCAGAAUUUCACCUCCCAAACUGCAUCUCCAAAAGCUCCAAGAGCAAAAGGAUCAAUAUAGUGAUAUUGCCCACUUCAAUUAUUUUCGGAGUUCUUGGAAUAGCUCUUGUUCUAACUUUUAUAUAUGUUUGUUGGUUGAAGAAGAAAGUAAAUGAACCGGUUUCAAGUUCGAUGAAUGAUUCACAUCCGAACGUAUCUUAUGGAACACUCUUGAGAGCAACCGAAGGUUUUUCUUUAACAAAUUUGAUCGGUAUUGGAAGCUUUGGUUCUGUUUACAGGGGGAUACUUGAGGACAAUGGAACUAGUAUUGCCGUGAAGGUGCUUCAUUUGGUCCGUCACGGUGCUCUGAAGAGCUUCAUAGUCGAGUGCGAGGCAUUAACGAACAUCAAACAUCGCAAUCUUUUGAAGAUACUAACAGUUUGCUCAGGUAGUGAUUAUCAAGGAAAUGAUUUUAAGGCCUUGGUCUAUGAAUUCAUGGAAAAUGGAAGCUUGGAACGAUGGCUUCAGCCAAACGCAGCAUCAUAUCAUCAAAAUGAGCUCCCGAAAAAGUUGAAUUUCAUUCGGAGGAUAAAUAUUGCUAUUGAUGUUGCUUCUGCAUUGGAUUAUCUUCAUCACCAAUGCCACUUCCCAAUCGUUCAUUGUGAUAUAAAGCCAAGCAAUAUCCUCUUAAACGCUGAGAUGGUUGCACAUGUUGGCGACUUUGGAUUGGCGAAAUUCCUUCUUGGAUCAUCCCCCGACACCAUUGCAAAUCAGAUGAGCUCGAUAGGUUUUAGAGGGACAAUUGGUUAUGCUCCACCAGAAUAUGUAAUGGGAUGCGAGGUUUCAAGAGAAGGUGACGUCUAUAGUUACGGCAUUCUCUUACUAGAAUUGUUCACAGGGUUGAAUCCCACCAAUGACAUAUUCAGAGACAAUUUCACUCUUCAUAAUUUUGUCGCGGAAGCAUUGCCUGAACGAAUGCUCGAAAUUACGGACAAAUUUCUGCUUCAAGAAAGAGAAAGCAAUUUAGGCCCCUAUAGUUCUUGGCAUCAGCUUUCCCAAAGUGAAGACAUAUUUCAAGAGUGUUUGAUUAUGGUGUUCAAAAUUGGAGUUGCUUGUUCAUAUGAAGUGCCUGGAAGUCGGAUGAGCAUCAGCCGAGUUGCAGAUCAGCUUCAUCAUAUUAGGGAGAAGCUCUUUAAAUUGGCUUUAGAUGGACAAGAUGGACUACCAACAGCUUAUAUAUAGUUGUUAUCGUUUAGUGUCGUUUGUGCAAAUGGAAGCGAACAGAUUGACUAGGAAUGGCUGGCCGUUGCUUCGUUCCCAAAUGAUCCAAGGUCAGGAAUUGAACUCUGUUCCUAAAGCUAUGUUCAAUCAGGCAGGGACAAUACUGUUGCUCUGGUGGGUGAGUAAGGAUGUAUAGCUUUCGGAUUCGGCAUCCUAGCGUGCGGUAAUUCGAGGACGUGUGUCGACGCUUGAUGUGCGUAGCAAGAAUUAUCCAAAACAUUUAGUAGAAUAAUGUAACUUGUGUGUAUUGGAUCUUUCAAGGGGUGUAAGUGCAAGUUCUUCAGCAUUGCCAAUUCUGAAGUUUGCUUGUCACUACUUUUAUUUUCGC